AAUAUGGAUCCAGCUGUAUUGUGUUUUCCAACUGCCUGAGUGAAGAAAUAUUAUCCACCGAGUCCAUCCUGUAAAAUAACUGUUGGUGCAAGGGGCAACCUGCAGGGCUAGUGUGCCAUGCGUGUUGAGAAGAAGGGAAUUGCUGCACCACAACAGAGAAGGAGCAAGACGGUCGCUGGAGCCACAGGAACCAGAGAUAACGGAAGGCGAGCAGAUGCCCCUAUGUACCCAGAGCUUUUUAAAACUUUAGUGCUUCUGCACAACUUGGCAGGAACCACAGAGCUACUCACAAAUGCUCCAAAUGCAACUGUGAGCAAAAGGAUUCCCAACGAAGAGGAUGUCUUAGUAUCUGUUGCAUCUCCCUCUAAAAAAGUAUUAAAGAACAACAUGGACCAAGUGGAACAAGUUUCUGCAAACAGAAGGAAGAGCUUCCUCGCAGUUGACAAGAAAAAGAGCAACGGCUGUCGAACCGUCGUGGGAUUUUUAUGCAUAUUCCCUGUGGUGGCUUUGCUGGCUGUUGUGGGAGAUCCAGCUGGAGCUGCGGUUCAGAAAAGUCAGGAAGAUGCCGCAUCACCUGGUCUUCGUGGAGUGAGUGCCUCCAGUCCAGCUUUCCCACCUCGGCCUCCAGCACGGAGAAAACGAUACACGAUCACGCCAGGGCACUUGAAAUGGGACCACUUCAACUUGACAUACAAAAUCCUGUCCUUCCCAAGAAACCUCAUAAGCGCCAGGGACACCCGCAAAGGACUAGCGGCCGCAUUCCGAAUGUGGAGUGAAGUUUCACCAUUCAGCUUCAGAGAAGUGCCACGCCAUGUAGCUAGUGACCUGAAAAUAGGCUUCUACUCUAUCAAUCACACGGACUGCCUGGAGUCUCUCAUUCACCACUGCUUCGAUGGAACAACAGGGGAACUUGCCCACGCCUUCUUCCCACCCAAUGGGGAAAUCCAUUUUGACGACCAUGAAUACUGGAUAUUGGGAAAUACUUUUUUUUUCAGCUGGAAAAAAGGUGUUUGGCUUACAGAUCUGGUACACGUAGCCGCGCAUGAAAUAGGACAUGCCUUAGGACUCAUGCACUCCCUGAACCCCAAUGCCCUCAUGCACAUCAACGCCACUUUGACUGGGAAGAAGAGCAUCUCUCAAGAUGAAGUCUGGGGAAUUCACAGGCUUUACGGAUGUAAAGACAGAUUAUUUAUGUGCCCAUCAUGGGCACAAAAAGGCUUCUGCGAGAAACGGAGGAAGUUGAUGAAAAAGCACUGUCCAUCGACCUGUGACUUCUGCUACGAAUUCCCAUUUCCAACAGUCCCCCCUACUCUGCCCCCACCAAGGACGAAAACCAAGACUGUUUCUGAAGGCAGGAACGUCACCUUCCGCUGUGGACAGAAGAUAAUUCAUAAAAAAGGCAAAGUUUACUGGUAUAAAGACAAGGAGCUUCUGGAAUACUCAUAUCCAGGUUACCUGUCCUUAAAUGAAGAUCACAUGAGCAUCAUUGCAAAUGCAAUUAAUGAAGGAACUUACACUUGUAUAGUAAAGAAAAAAGAAAGAAUCUUGACUACUUAUUCCUGGAGAAUCAGACUGAAGCACUAACGAGGGCCCUGGAAUGAGCACUUCAAUUACUGCUAGUCCUGUUUCAAAGUCAAAAUGUUCCUUUGGCAUUUUAUAUUUAAUCUCCAGUAGUGCGACUGAACUUCUAAAUCAGCUGGUUCCAUACCUUGGACAAAAGAGACUCUGAGACUUGAUUACUGGAACAUAAAACUUUUCCAAGUUAGUUUUAAUGAUAAAGAAUUUAUCGAGUAUGUCCUGUACAGAGAAUUAAAAAAAUUUUUUUAAAAAGUAAAGUGUCAGAUUUUGCAGUUAAACUAUGUGGAUCACUGCGGACUGCUGAAACACAAGAACAUACAUAACUUCAUCAAACAAAUGGAUGAACAGAGCGAUGGCUCGGCUCGGUUGCAAUGGAGGCAGAGGUACUGUGGAAGGAAAAUGACCUGUUACGCUCUGUAAGUGUUCCGCCAUCUUUUUUAGAUCCUGGUGCACAGCACUAGAAGUUAUAAAAAAUGUAAGACUGAAUAUUACUUUUUCUUUUACAUGUCAGAAGGAGGACGUAGGGUCACAGCAAACGCUUUCUAAUUACUCUGUUCUACUCUUCAACAUGUUCAGCUCAAGUACCCACAGAACCUCUUUUUCCCCCGCCAACCGCUUUCCUGUGGUUUGUAUUUAUCACUCGUGUAGCCUUAUCCCAACAGACUAUUUACCUCCAUCGGCAGCUCCUCAGACCUUGUCCUGUAGGUGGCUGAUCAAUAAGCCUCUCGACUCCUUCAACAGAGAUGAGGUAAUUUCCAUCACUGUCCUCUCCCAGUCACCCAAGCGAUGAGGUGAAGGCACCCCAUCCAACAGGAAAACAGCAUUAGCGUGGGCAGGCAAAGCUUAGCGCACUCAAACAUCUAGAGCGGUGGAGCAUUCAUUUGCACAGCGAGGAACCCCUGACAGCCAUCACGUUUAGCAAGAUCCGUAGCCAGUAUUAAAGCAUCCUACAUUGCUCUUUGCUUAGGGUCAGCCUUUUUUAGUUGUCCUGUUAACCUCUUGAAACAAGUUUCUUCCUACUUAAAAGCGCCAACAAAAUGGCAAAGCAUCUCACGCGCUGCGGUGUAGGUCAGCAGUCUAGGAGGACCUCUUGUCUUAGAGCGGAAGGGCUCUAGCAGCAAACUUCUCUGUCCUAGGACAACAACAGUGCAAGGGAAAAGAAACAAACUGGUAAUUACUGUUUGUCUGGUACAAAUGCAAUGAGUGGACAUUUAAGCACAAACUCUGCAUGUCUUCAUUUAACAGACAUGGCUGCACCAUACGGAUCUGAGCAGCUCUUAAGGCAGCUCUGUCUUUGGGAGAGAAGAGAAACAAGACCAAUGAGCUGAUCAGCGUAGUCCUCAGUAACUAUCGCAAGGGGGUGUCAACGCUUCAGCUGCAAGGAGGCUUUAUCUUUGGGUAGAUGCAAAGUCCUCCAGCUCCCUUAUCACUGCGGCGUAACACUGUCUUUUAAACGUUAUCAUUUGUGCUUACCUCGUUUCAUACAAUUGCUCUGAAUGCCAUUUAUUUACAUUGCAGUAACCUACCGCUAGCUCUGUAGUGUGCUCCAGCUGGCUGAUGCUUCUGGCAGGCAGUGUCCAGGCUGGAGUUUGGGGAGUAAGUGAAUGCACAGGUAGGAGUGGUGGCAGAGGCAGGGCCAGCACUGAUAGCCAAGGACCCGCUUUGCCACAGCCAUCCUGUGCCAAGUUGGCCACCUCCAGAAACUGGAUGCUGACCUGAAGGCCAGUGGAAAAAGAAACCAAUGAACCAAGGUGCAUGCUUAAGCCACCAGGCCCCUACCCAGCGGUGCGGGAACAGCGUGGCACAGCACGCAGACCUGCUCUGUCUGCAACUUCAGGGCUGUCUGGUGACCCAACAGAAUCGUCAAGGAACUCAGGAAACAAAACCACUCGAUUGAUUUGCUGGUAUGCAAAACAGUUCACAGCUUCGGUGAUGCCCUCAAGGUAAGCAACAAAACUUACUUUCUCUCAGAUUACAGUUUGAAUUUAUAAAAAUAAACCAACAACAAAGUAAGUACCUAAACUACAACAAUCCUGUGAUUCCACCACACACACGCAGUGGAACUUCCAUUUUGUUUUAAAUGAUCUAUUUCUGCAAAUUUUCCACCUUGGCAUCAGUUGUUUAGAAAAGACCUCAUUUCAAACUCCCCAGGAACAGUAUCGUAGUAUCCAAGAGACCUUAACUUUUUUUCCUCUCCUUACUCGCCUUUGCAAAGCUGAUGUAGGACCGAAAGCAAACAACUCCCCAUCACUGUCAAAGCUCCAGAUUUGUUAGCCUGUGCUGGUAAGACUGUCUUCUAGCUGCAGUGUCUAUCCAGAUUCUGUACUGAAAUGGUGAUUCUGUGAAUACAACAGUAAUUGGACCUGCCCUUUGAAAAGGAACAGAGGGAAAGCUGGAUUUCUAGAGUGUCUUUUUCAUGCAGGUAGAGGUGAGUCUCAGCAUCCCAACCCCAGGACUCUAAUAAAACGGAGCCCACGUGAACUUUU